AUGUCGCGAUGUCGAAAGAUGCUCCUCAGGCUGCUUCAUUCUUGGAAGAGAGUGCAGAGCUCCGCCAUACUCCGUCUGGAGGAGAGCACCUUACAGAAGAUCUACCAUCACCACUCACUAGUCGAUCGAGUGUGUCUAUCCCUCAGCUGCAAAGAUCUUUUCGGCCUAUUCGGGACGAUAGCGAAGCACAAAGAUCUUGAAUUUCCACGACUCUUGCGUAUCAGGAACCCAAUACUGUGCGUGAACAGUAAGUAUGUGCCGCGAAAUCAGCUCCUCCUCCGACUCGAGAACCGCCGCUGGGCCUACUGUGCACAGUGUUUGAAACUCCAUCCACGGAAAGAAUUUACGAGACAUUCACUGAGACAAUCGGCUCUAGUGAGAUCCUGCACAUACUACGCUGGUAUAGGUGACCUAUGUCCCUUUUGUCGAGACCAGCUUGUCAAGAUCCUCAAAUCACCCGCGAAGCCAGCCAAAACCAAAUAUGGGCCAUUCGAGUAUAACUUUGACGAUGAGAGGACAGCCCAGCCUUGGCCACUUGAUCUGGUUUUAUUUAUUAAGGAACCAACUGGCCAGCUAUGUGUAGCAGCUCGGCAUACUAUAAGCUUCUCUUCCUCCGACGCUCGUCUCACAGCUGAGCCUACCUUUCCUUGUCCUCAUCAGGAUCUCCUAUCUCUCGUCCCUAGGAAUCAAGCUGCAGAAGAUCUUCUUCAAAUGUACCAGACUUUGACUUUUUCAAAACCUCAUCAGGAUAUCCUGCCACUUGUCCCCGGGAAGCUGGUCUCAAAAGCCUUGGUUCGAAAUCUGGGAAGCUGUCAGUGGCCUGCAGGCCGUCCUUGGCUUGGCCAGUGUCGUCUCACCGGCGCAUGGUUUUCGCAUAAUGAAAAGUACUGGUGA